CUAGGUCGAGGUGGUGGUGGUGGGGGGGGGUGCCCCACCCCCUCCGGCCUGGGGCCAAUGGGAGGCCGAGGCCCCGCCCUCCUCCAGGAGAGUAUUUAGAAGCCGAUCCGGGAAGCACCCGGAGAGCUGGGGAAGCCGGAGGAGGGAGUGCUGAGUGGAGCUCGGCCCCAAGUCCCGACCUGGACCCGGGAAGCAGGGGCGGUUGGCGUGUGGGGUGGAGCCCACAUCCAGCAGAAGUGGGUGAGUCCUGGAGCCGCGCCCCACACAGAACUGCCCCAUUCCACCCCCGGCAGUCACCACCAUGGCCUGGCUGGUGCUGCUGGGCGCACUGCUGUGCAUGCCGCGCGUCGGGGUGGGCAGUCUGGGCUCAGAGGGCUUUUUGCCCUCUGCACCCCAUAACUGCCCCUACAGAUGUGUGUGCGCCGCUGACCUGCUGAGCUGCGCGGGCCUGGGGUUGCAGGACGUGCCGGCUGCGUUGCCUGCCGCUGCUGCGGACCUCGACCUGAGCCACAACGCGCUCCAGCGCCUCCGCCCCGGCUGGCUGGCGCCACUCUCCCGGCUGCGCGCCCUGCGCCUAGGCCACAACGAACUGGACGUGCUAGGUCACGGAGUCUUCACCAACGCCAGCGGCCUGCGGCUACUCGAUUUAUCAUCUAACGCGCUGCGGGCGCUUGGCCGCCACGACCUCGAAGGGUUGGGGGCGCUCGAGAGGCUGCUUCUGUUCAAUAACCGCUUAGCGCACUUGGAUGAGCACGCCUUCCAUGGCCUGGGCGCACUCAGCCGCCUCUACCUGGGCUGCAACGAACUCUCCUCCUUCUCUUUUGACCACCUGCACGGUCUGGGCACGACCCACCUACGUACUCUGGAUCUCUCCUCCAACCGCCUGGGACGCAUCCCAGUACCUGACCUGGCUGCACUGCCAGCCUUUCUUAAGAACGGCCUUUACCUGCACAACAAUCCAUUACCCUGUGACUGCCGUCUCUACCACCUGCUGCAGCGCUGGCAUCAGCGGGGCCUAAGCGCUGUGAGUGACUUUGCCCGAGAGUACAUGUGCCUGGCCUUCAAGGUACCCACAUCCCGUGUGCGCUUCUUUGAGCACAGCCGUGUCUUUGAGAAUUGCUCAGCUGCCCUGGCUCAGGGCCUAGAGCAGCCCGAAGUGCAGCUGCACGUGCAGAUGGGUCGGUCCCUGAGGCUGCACUGCAACACCAGUGCCCCAGCUGUGCGCAUCGCCUGGGUGUCACCACAGCACGAGCUGCUGGUGGCACCAGGAUCCCGAGAUGGCAGCAUCGCAGUGCUGGCUGAUGGCAGCUUGGCCAUCAGCAAUGUGCAGCCGCAGCACGAGGGGGUCUUUGUGUGCCUGGCAGCCGGGCCCCGCCUGCAUCACAACCAGACGCACGAGUACAACGUGAGCGUGCAUUUCCCACACCCUGAGCCCGAGGCUUUCAACACAGGCUUCACCACCCUGCUGGGCUGCGCUGUGGGCCUGGUGCUCGUGCUGCUCUACCUUUUUGCGCCACCCUGCCCAGGCUGCCGCCGCUGCUACCGUCGCACCUGCCACUGCCGCCGCUGGCCCCGGGCACCCAGCCCCCUCCAGGAGCUGAGCGCACAGUCCUCAGUGCUCAGCACACCACCGGAUGUGCCCAGCCGCAAGGCCAGUGUCCACAAGCAUGUGGUCUUUCUGGAGCCGGGCAGGAGGGGCCUCAAUGGGCGUGUGCAGCUGGCAGUAGCCGAGGACUUUGAUCUCUACAAUCCUGUGGGCCUGCGGCUCAAGGCUGGCUCUGAGUCUGCUAGCUCCGCGGGCUCUGAGGGUCUGGUGAUGACCUAGGCUGCCCUGGGCCCAGAGCCAGGCCACUUGCCACCCGCUGCUCGCCCUGCUCCCUGCUGCCACCCUGACAACUGCCAGAUGCUGGUGGGAGCGCUGGGUUUGGUCCUCCAGCCUCCUGCACGGCCUUGACCUCAACCACAGCAGCCCCACUCACUAAUGGAGGGGCUGGGCUCCCCACCCUCUCUCCUGCUCUGCUCUAACACAGGGCCCAAAGGCCCUAGACCCUAGCAGGACCUACUGGUGCCCACACGUCCCACGAGGACUGGAACUGGGGCCAUCUGGAAGAGCCCUUGCCUGAGAGCCCUAGGUACACCACCUCAGAGGCCGAGGCAGCUACCAAGCCAUGGUGAAGUACUGAAGCAUAACCAUCUUCCCCUUCCCAAGGGGACAGGAAGAGAGUGGGCCCACAGGGGAAGAGGAGAAGGGCUCCAAAGGAAGACCUAGGCCCCCACCCAGGGUGGAAGGAGGAAACAUGCACCAACAUCCAACCUACUUCAAGCUCCACAACUCCAUGCAGUCUGCUGGGCAGGAAGGAAGCAGGUGGGGCUCCUCAAGAGACCCCCAGGGGGCCUGGCCCGAGCAUCAGCCAGAGUGGCCCUGCUCCCUCUGGUCAGGGGCAGCCACAGACCACUCUGAGAGCACAGCCUCUCCCGUGGGCUCACAAGACAGCAGUAAGGGGCAACAUGGCCUGUGCCCCCAGCUUUUUAGCAGUAAAAAGCCCGAGCAUGGCCAAGAUGGGAGGGCCUAGCCGGAACUUGCUGUCCCUCGAGGGUAGAAGCCUCUUAAGGUCUGGCACUGAUCUUGGUCUAAUGGCUGAGGCAGUGCCCUGGUCUCAUUUGCUCUUACCACCCACCACAGGGAGGCAGGGAAGGGGGCGGGGGGCCUGGGAACCCCUCCUGCGUGGGUGCUGAGCUGGGGGCUCCUACAAGUCCUGGAUCCAGUUGUUCAUGGAGUUCCUUAAUAAAGGUGGUACACGCUCAUCACCGGAGCCUUCGUGAA